AUGGCCGCCAGCGCAUAUCUGUCAGUCCUCGCCGCGGUCGUCGCCUUGAUGCUCGGCGCAGUCUACCUGUUCGGCAUCCCGCCCCAGCUGAAGCGCGCAAUGGAAGACAAAGCCCUAGAGACAAUGGGCGAGAACAAGGCCUCAUACAUGGUCAAGGAUCAAAUCAACAACCUUCCCGCAUCCGAUCAGAAGGACGUGAACGAGAUCAAGUCAGGUGUCGGCAAUCUCGCCGGGGGAGCACUCCAGAAUCCCCUCGGCAAGCAGGCAGGAGAGGCGGGAGACACUCUUACUAGUCCCUUGACUGGUCGUUGA